AGUAACCGCCCGGUACACGUCGGUCGGACUAGGUACACAAAGUUAUAGUUACAGAGAGGUAUUCCAAUAGCUAUUCAGGACGGCCGGCUAUGUAUUACACUCGUAAGCCAGGGUGAGAUGCUGUUCUGUUCUCAACUACACCCACUUUAAUGAUAGCGAGGGUCUGGCGACGAAGGAGAAAAUAAUCAUACAAGAGGAUAUACAUUCUAAAAUUGAUGCGGAAGCUGUGAAAUCAUUUAGGAAUUUACGUGAGCUUCUUUUACACCUUUAUUCAUAUACUGAAAAGUACUUCAGGAAGUGCAUUCUUCUAAUUGUGUAUUAUUGCUUGAAACUCUAGAUACAACAUCCAAAGUGCUGAUGUAUAAUGGAGCAAUUAUAUAUAUUUUAAAGGGAGUUGUUCCCUUGGGAUGAUCUUGAAUUUAAGAAGCGCAGGACAACAACACACACAAAAAUAAAAUCAAUUUCACUUCAGGUUACAAUCCUGUAAGUACUCAGGCAAGUUUCUUGUUACUAUCAAUCACAUAUUUGGUAAAUUCAAAUUCGUCCCUCUUGGAUUUGCGAAGAUUUAAUGUUGCUGUACAGGAUUUUAUUGGAUUACAAUUCGAAUUUCCGUUGUGAGUUAUAAAAAAGAGGCCUUAUAACCUAGUCUAUUAGUGUAUGCUGAAAGUGCAUCGUUAGCAAAACAUACGACUGAGAAGAAUUUACAACUUUGUAGCAUGUCAAACGGAUAAUAUAUACACAUUAUGAACAGCAUGUUGGAACAUGAGGGAUGCUUACUGGAAAGUUAGAUAAUUAGUGGUGUAGGUGGAAAGUUUAUUUUUUAUUAUAAAAGGGGAUACACAGUUUUGGCCAUGACAUGAGGAAGGUUUACCCUCGCGGACCUCUGAGCUAUUUCAGAAGAAGUAAACUUUGCUCCAUACUGCUCUCUCUUAGUUUCAUAUUGUUCUGCUUUUUAUUCGUUAUAUACGAAAAUGGCAAUGUCGUUGACAUGUCAUCAUAUGAAAGUCCGGAAAACCACGAAAAAUACAAAGAUAAUGAUUUAAGUUAUAAGAAAUUACCCUCAGAAAUAAAUGCCUUGGAUUUCUUCGGUUCUCGUCGACAUAACAGAAAUUUACAGCAUUUAUAUUCUAAGGAUUUAUUUGAUGAAAAGAGAAAUAAGGACUUAACCAAAAUGAUUUAUAAAAAGAGGAAAAUUGUCUCCAAAUCGCGACAACGUGGAUUUUUCAAUGUGCCAAAGAAGACAAUGAGCGAGAAGGUUAAAGACACGCCCUCCAGUCGGGACGUAACGGAUUACUACAACUUCGAGGGCUAUCGAACUACAAGUAGUGAUGAAAGCAUGGAGUCCGAACCAUUAGACGGGCCAAGUAAGAAAUUACCGAAAGUGAUUAUCAUCGGAGUGAAGAAAUGUGGUACGAGAGCCUUACUGGAAUUCUUAAGGAUACACCCAGAGGUCAAGGCCACUGGUCCUGAACCCCAUUUCUUUGACCGUUACUACGACUACGGUUUGGACUGGUACAGGGAUCUGAUGCCCGAGACGAACGGCGAGCAAAUGACAAUUGAAAAGACACCUCGAUACUUUGUGACGAAGGAAGUCCCCGGAAGAGUCUUCAAUAUGUCACGUGACGUUAAACUCGUUCUGAUUGUAAGAGAUCCCGUGACCCGAGCCAUUUCAGACUACACACAGGUUGCCAGUAAACGUGCUUCCAUGAAACCAUUUGAACAAAUGGCAUUGUCAGACAAUCACACGGGUCUUGUUGAUACGUCAUGGCCCGUCAUCAAAAUCGGUAUCUAUGCAAAACAUUUAGAAGAAUGGCUACGUUAUUUUCCACUGGAACAGUUUCAUUUUGUGAAUGGAGAGAACAUGGUGAAGCGUCCGAGUGAAGAAAUGUUCAAACUUCAAGACUUUCUUGGAUUGAGGAGAUACAUUAAUGAUAGUCAUUUUUACAUGAAUGACACCCGAGGGUUUCCGUGUAUACAAAAGACCGGAAGUAAAUAUCCACAUUGUCUGGUUGGAACUAAAGGACGAAAACAUCCGCGGGUUGAUCCGAACGUGAUCAGGCGAUUACAAGACUUUUAUAGACCCUUCAACAAGAAAUUUUACCAAAUGACCAACAUCGAUUUUGGAUGGCCGUGAAUGGUCAAUUAUAAGGAACAUCAUAAUUGCUUUCAUAAAAUAUUCAUAAACGUUUUGAUAGAUUUGGUAAUUACGGAUGAAAAGUGGCACGUGCUUUGUCCUUUUAUAUCAAUCAUGGCCGAAAUUACCCCCGAUUCCAAGUGUAUUCCACCGAAAGCAGAUAAUUAGCUUUUGGCAUGGGGUAAAGGUCGAGAACGAAAUGUGGUAAGAUUCGAACAGUACAGAAUUGUAUAUGGUGUGUAGAAAAAAAAAUUACGCUUGUCCAUACUUUCGGGGUACACGAGAUUAAAUCCAGUGUGAAGUUUGACGAAUGAAUAUUAAUGAAGAUUUAAAUUCUUAUUUAAGAUUACAUAAUCUAGUUUUUUAUUCGUUGGGAGAAGCGAGAGCAUACUAAUAUGCUAUAACGCUGAGGUGUCGAUGUGGUAUUAUAUUUCAUCAGAUCAUAUUAUAUUUAAGGAAAUAAUUUUGUGUUUGUGUACGUUGAUCAUUUCCCAUGUUAAACAAUUUUUUUGUUGAAGUAAAAUAUUUUAAUGACAAAUUUUAA